AUAGGACUCGAGUGGUUUGAGGCCUUGGGGAUACACGUCACAGGGCUCAACAGUCUACAAACACUCGACCUACAGGAAGUCUGCAAAGAAUUUGCAGAUAUUUUCAGCCCCCAGCUGGGCACAUUCAAAGGACCCCCUGUGUCACUAAAGCUAGACCCCACUGUCACUCCCAUUAGAACAAACCACUGCAUUAGAAUUAAAGCAAGAAGGGUCCCUUUUGCUUUAAAGAGUAAAAUUGACACUGAGCUGGAUAAACUGAUCCAACAAGGGAUUCUAGAACCUGUUGACUCCAGUCCCUGGGAGACCCCCAUUGUCACGCCUCUCAAGGCAAAUGGGGACAUUCGCAUCUGUGCUGAUUACAAAUGCACUCUGAAUAAGGCAUUGCAGCAACAUGCCUACCCUGUUCCUGUGGUCAGCCAUAUUCUGGCCUCCCUCAAGGGGGGGCGUGUUUUUGCAAAGCUUGACCUAGCUCAAGCAUAUCAACAGCUGCCUGUUGAUGAUGCUGCUGCUAUAGCUCAGACCAUUGUGACCCACAGAGGAGCCUUCAAGGUAAAGAGGCUACAAUUUGGAGUAAAUGUCGUUCCUGGGAUUUUCCAAAGCGUAAUGGAAAACACACUAUGGGGUAUACCAGGGGUUUGCCCCUACUUUGAUGAUGUCUUAAUUGCAGGAGACUCCACACACAGUUUAGCUGAAAGGCUGAGGGCUGUCCUGUCAAGGUUCAGGAAAACAGGCCUCAAACUUAAAAAGGACAAAUGCAAAAUUGGGGUGCCUUCUACUGAUUUCCUGGGGUUCAAAAUUGAUGCUGCUGGGAUUCACCCUGCUAAAUCCAAACUAAAAGCUAUAAUGCAUGCCCCUAGGCUAUUAGAUAAACAGGCAGUGUGGCAGUGGUCACAAACACAUGAGGCAAGUUUCAAUGAGGUCAAGGCCUUACUCACUUCUAACAGUGUACUUGCACAUUUCAAUGAAUCCCUUCCUGUGUGCAUCGCUUGUGAUGCUUCCCCUUAUGGGGUAGGAGCUGUACUGAGCCACCUCAGGUCUGAUGGAACUCAGGUUCCUGUUGCAUAUUACUCCAGAACAUUAUCUUCUGCUGAGCGUAAUUAUGCUCAAAUAGACAGGGAGGCCUUAGCUGUUAUUGCUGGGAUUAAAAAAUUCCAUGAUUUUUUAUAUGGUAGGCAUUUCGCGGUCUUCACUGACUAUAAGCCUUUGCUGGGACUGUUUACCACACGUAAGCAAACCCCCCAAAUAAUCUCCCCCAGGAUGCUCAGGUGGUCUAUCUUUUUGUCUGCAUAUGAUUUUUCCCUACUUCACAAGCCUGGGAAGGAAAUGGGCCAUGAUGAUGGCCUCAGUAGAUUACCCCUGCCGGUAAUAGAAGCUGACCCCGCGCCAGCUAUCAAUCUUCUUUCUAUCCAAGCCUUGCCUGAGUCCCCUCUGAAUGCCAGGGAUGUAGCUGCUGAAUCGGGCACAGAUCACACACUCUCACGUGUCCUUUCUUGGGUUUUGUCUGGAUGGCCUGAGCACUAUCCUAGUCCUGAGUUUCAGAGUUUCUGGUCUAAAAGGAACGAGUUGUCCACCUCUCAGGGUUGUCUGCUUUGGGGAAGCAGAGUUGUCAUUCUCACCUCAAUGAGGACUAGGGUCUUAGGUUCCCUCCACGAGGGUCAUCCUGGCAUUGUACGAAUGAAGGCUCUUGCGCGCAUCCACUUGUGGUGGCCUGGCCUAGACAAAGACAUUGAAGCUAAGGUGCAUGCUUGUAAUUACGGGCCUGGUCAUACAUGGGUCCCCGCUUCUAUAUCCAGGGUCACAGGUCCUCUGUCUUACGAGGUGUCCCUGGACAACGGUCGUGUCCUGCAGUGGCACAUU